AUGCCCAGGUCACUACCAAAGUUCGCUUCUCGCGAAGAGAAUUUCGAACCAACCACGCGCGAACAAACCACCCGAACCGCUCCCCCCUCUCCAUCAGCUUACCGCCGAUCCCAAAGCUACCUCUCCGAAACCCACACCGAGUACCAAUCCCUCGAUGCACCCCUCGAAGUAACAGAAACCACCAGCCUACUGGGCCCAUCAGCUCAGGGGCACCGUCGAGCUCCGCGACGCUCGUACACCAGCACCUCUGGUAUAUCAGGUGCCGGACCGGGCCCGGACUCCUUCCGCCACCUUCUGGCAGCUGGCAGCCUGCGACGGACGCGCAACCACAGUCGUGCGAACUCGGUCGGGCAGCGGAUGAGUCGGCGGGGAAGUUUAGAUGGUGGUAGUAGGCCUGCUAGUCUUCCUCCGUCUACGAAAGACAAUCUCACCGCUUCUUCAUUUUUGGAUGAGAGGACGUGGUACGACCAGUUUACUUCUACGGACUGGGUGCACGAUAGUAUUGCCGAUGGAGCGCGGCUUCGACUGCUCCGCCAGCGGAAGGAUGUUCGAGGUCGACUGCUUGCUGCUUUUGACGGUGCGCAGGGAUGGAUUCUCGUUGCUUUGAUCGGGUGCAUCACGGCGGCGAUUGCGUACUUCGUUGAUGUUACCGAAGGCUCGAUCUUUGAUCUGAAAGAGGGAUUCUGCACGACGAAGUACUUCCGCGGCCGGCGGGGCUGCUGCGAUGGGGAGCCAAUCUGUGAUUCGUGGCGGUCUUGGUCUGGGAUCUUCCAGGCUGAGAAUACCCAGUGGAUUGACUUUGUCAUGUUUGUCUUUUGGGUUGUGCUUUUGGCGCUCAUCUCAUGCGCUUUGACUUUGCUCACGAAGACUGUUGUUCCUUCGUCGAUCUCGCUCGCUACGCUUGAUGAGAAUCUCGGCGCGGACUCGCGUGGCACAAAAUCUAAUAACGGUCUUGGUGAUAUGGCCUCUCCUCUCUCGGAGACAGAUACCAGUCCACCACCGCAUGGAUCUUUGCCUAAUAAACCGUCGCGUCCGGCUAUGAUAUACUAUUCUGCUGCUGGCAGUGGAGUUGCGGAAGUCAAAGUCAUCAACAGUGGUUUCGUCCUUCAUGGAUACAUGGGGUUGAGGACCCUCGUCGUUAAAACAAUCGGAUUGAUCUUCAGUGUAUCUUCUGGUCUGAGCUUGGGCAAAGAAGGCCCAUACGUUCAUAUUGCUACAUGCGUGGGCAAUAUCUGCUGUCGACUUUUUGCCAAGUACAACCAAAACGAUGGUAAGCGACGAGAAGUAUUGAGCGCCAGUGCCGCUAGCGGUGUUGCUGUUGCCUUUGGUGCUCCGAUUGGCGGCGUCCUCUUUAGCUUAGAAGAAGUCAGCUAUUAUUUCCCACCCAAGACACUUUUCCGAACAUUCUUCUGUUGCAUCGCAGCGACUCUGUCCCUCAAAUUCCUCAACCCCUAUGGAACUGGCAAGAUCGUUCUCUUCGAGGUACGAUAUCUGUCAGACUGGGCGAUCUUUGAGAUCUUCAUCUUCAUCGCACUUGGCAUUAUGGGCGGCGCAGCCGGUGCGCUGUUCAUCAAAGCCUCCAACUGGUGGGCGCGGACAUUCCGCCGCAUCCCAGUCAUCAAGAAGUGGCCCAUGCUCGAGGUCUUCCUUGUUGCUCUCCUGACAGGCCUGGUCAGCUUUUGGAACCGAUACACCAGACUCCCGGUCACCGAACUCCUCUUCGAGCUGGCCAGUCCUUGCGAGUCUGAUGUGGAGAGCACGGGGCUGUGUCCACGCGCAGAAGGUAUUCUCGAUAUCAUCAAGUAUCUCAUGGUGGCCUUUGUUAUCAAGAGUUUCCUGACCAUCAUCACAUUCGGUAUCAAGGUUCCUGCGGGUAUCUACGUGCCGUCUAUGGUGGUUGGUGGUCUGAUGGGGCGAAUUGUUGGACAUUUGAUCCAAUACUGGGCCCUCAAGCACCCCACCUUCUUCUUAUUCGACUCUUGUCCAGCUGUUGCUGGAAUCGAGUCCUGCGUGACUCCAGGCGUAUAUGCACUGAUUGCGGCCGGAGCAACCAUGUGCGGCGUGACUCGGUUGUCAGUAACACUAGCAGUAAUUCUUUUUGAGCUGACAGGAAGUCUCAACCACGUUCUUCCUUUCUCCCUGUCUGUCCUCUGCGCCAAAUGGACGGCAGAUGCCAUCGAACCCCGCAGCAUAUACGACCUCCUUACCGACAUGAACUCCUACCCGUUCUUAGACAGCAAACUCCAGCCAACAUCAGACGCCGAGCUAGGCGAUAUCGUUCGACCAGUGCGGAAGUACCGCAUGAUCGAUAUCUCCGAAUCACCAUACGUGGCCGCCACAGAUCUCCGUGCAAAGCUAGAGCAUCUCUUAAUGGCCGGCGAAUUAGACAGCGGGCUACCGAUUCUGUACAACGGAACCCUAACCGGUCUCAUCCCAGCGCCUGAUCUGGAGUACGCGCUUGACACGCUCGGCGACAACGAAGAAAAUACAGUCUGUCUGAUGGCCAUGGACGCCUCCACGGCCAUCUAUGACAGCGAUUACGAGGAUGUCGAGCAAGAGGAUUUCACCCGCUAUAUUGAUCCAGCUCCGGUCGCUCUCGAUGUCCAUUCGCCUAUUGAUUUGGUCUACCAGUGCUUCGCCAAGCUUGGAUUGCGGUACCUAUGUGUCACCAACAAGGGUAAAUAUGCUGGACUGGUGCACAAGAAGGCAUUCGUCAAAUUUAUGAAGGAAAAUCAGGACUAG